AUGUCAUGGGAAAAAGAAGGAGCUAAGGACUGGGAUUUGCCUGGUUAUGGCAAACCAAUGCAGAGUGAAAGUGCGGCCGAGAAGAAGUCAAAUCGCUCUCUUGUUACGCCAUCCAAAACUCUAGGACCACCUGACUACCGAGGAUUAAUAACACCAACAAGCCCAUUUGCAGUUACAAAUCGGUACUCGGAAAUUUCUACGCCAUCAAUUAACUUGCCCCUUCAGUUGACGCAACCUUCUCGGCCUGAUCAACAGCCAGUUUCACAGUCCCGUCUCAGACAAAUUGCGAAUGUUCAGCCGGUGAAGCCACCAUAUCUCGGAGCCAGUGAGUUGCUACAGGAAUCACCAGCAAAACAGCGGUGGAGACAAGGCCUCAACUGUGAUGCGGUUGUACGUUUGCCUGCAGGCUUUCCGAGUCUACGAGUCAAGCCAAGCAGCUUCAAGGGUAAUUAUGAGUUCCUCAGAACAGCCAAGACUUUCACCCGCUCUGAAGGUCGCGAAAGGACUUUUGAGCUCAUUAGUCAGACAACGGGGGCAUAUAUCUCGCAAGCAAACGCUGGUGAUCGACACAUUCUCAUCUGGGGAGAACCAAAGCAAGUUGCGGAGGCCAGAGAUAUUCUACUCAAGCUGAUCGAACAGUACUAUGGCCCAAGACUUCCCGAGGGAAGUGCUUCCUGGUCGAAGGUUCAUCCUGAGUAUACGGAGGAUGUUGAGAGAACAGAUGUCGAGAAGACAAUCAAAGACGUGGUCGUGCAGCUACGAGAGGCGCCCGAUGAUAGGGAGUCGUACCCGAAGGAAAUGCUAUUCAUUUGGCCUAGGAGUGGGCCAUCUCCUCGGCAAAGUCUAGGGAAUCAGCUAGAAAAGCUAGAUGUGAUUCGAAAGACAUUCAAAGUGCAUAUCUUCCUGAAAAGCAACCACGAGGACUACAUUUCUGUGUGUGGAAACGAAACUCUCAAUAUGGAGCAAGUUGCAGCUCAGCUCCGAGAACAAUGGAAGGCAGCCAUUGCAAAAUCCGACGUUCGAGUCAAAGCGUUCUUGGUUGAGCCAGGAAGGAAACGCCUCAUUGAAAACAAAGUUACACUGGUCAAAAAGAAUCGUCUUGCAUUUCCACUUCCUCCCGAAACGCAAGAACCUCUUAUUGACUUGGACACACAAGAUGUUAAGGCGCCACAUGUGGUUCGGAAGAGAAACGACCAGAUUAUUCUUCAAAGCUUUCACAAAGCCUUGUCCCAAGCCCAUUUUUUCGCUGGUUAUCUACGAAUGCGCCUGCACUUUGGGUCAUUUGUGUUAGACCGUUAUCGGAAACCUACUAACCACACAGAUGGAUACACUCCCCAGGAAUUCCGUGAGAUGAUGUGCCAUGAACGAGUUCUAGGAAGGCUAGUUCCAGGAAUGAAACUCAGUGGUGAUGACUUGCUUUCUCGAUGUAUGAGUGCAAGCUCUCUGUUUGCACCCAUGGAUGAACUGGGCAAACUUUCGGAUAUGGAACGGGCCAUCCCGACCUAUGCAGCAUCUUUUGAGUUCACUGGCCCUGCAGAGUCGCAAUUUCGUUUGGAAGUAGACUUCAGGCAGCGUGCUCUGGAAAUUGAACAAGGUCGCCAUCGAUGGUUUAAAGCCCACUCACAAACCACCGGAGACACCCGUCGCUUGCCUUUGCAAGUUAGUAUGGUGGACUUUUCGAGAUCUGACUGGCAAGGGGAUAUCGAGCUUUUUGAACCUUUAAAUGGGACCGAGGUUAAACCUAAUCUCGUUGACUUUCUCAAAACAGUCAGGUUCGAUAAUCGAAUUCGCGUUCAUGGUAUGACCCUGAGACCUCGUCAGAAAGUUCUUUUCAAUUCUGGGGCACCGCUGGAAAGUUUCACCGAAAAGGCGUCGAUUCGAUUGCAGAUUAGAAGAACGAAAUAUGUAUUUGAGCUGGCUCGAUUCGAUCAUUAUACCCGAACGUCAGUUGGUUGGGUAAAGGUGCCAACUGUUUCUUGGGGCGCAACUUUAUACGAUCCUAAUUGGGACACGGUAUUAGGAAGCGGGUUGCUGUCGGGAGAAAAAGUCCAGAAGAAAUCCGAGGUCCAUGUUGGCAGUUUUGAGUCCUUUUUCCCAACUCAGAAACCAAUGGACGAUAGGCCCGAUGACCAUGGCUUUUGGGAACUGAUGGACAUCGUGGAUCAGAUAUCCGCGAUUCUCGGACCUACCAAUGACUCGGAUGCGUUCGCGGAAGAGCCAAAACAGCAGAUCAAGCGACCAGAAGUGCUUGGUGUUGAGCUUGGAACCCUGUUCUAG